GCUGACGUAGCUGGGCUAAAAAUAACCGACCCGGUUUAUAGCUGGUGUCACGCAGUUGACUCAGGUCUGGAUUCAAAAUGGCGGCGCCCUAUAUGCUGUUGUGUUUCACUGUGAUGUCCCUGUGUGUUUCUGCUGAGACAUUUACCACUAUAUACUCUAUGGACAACUUUUGUGGCAAGACCCUGGACAUGAGCAACAGGUAUCUGCAUUCAUUUAAGCUGCGUCUUACCUACGCCAGCGAGUAUAGAAGCAACAUGGACUGUAAGAUGUCAGUUAAGACCGCGUUUGGUCAGCGCUUGUCGUUCAAGUUCCUCGAUAUGGACAUUGCUAACAUCCUCGGUUGUGACGACUACUUGGAGAUACGCGACGGAUCGUCUACCUCUUCAUCACUUCUAGGUUCCCGAAUGUGUGGAGACAGCAUACCGCCCAGCAUGUCCACAAGCGGGAGAAACGCUUUACUAAAGUUCAAAAGCAACAGCUACAAGGAAGACGAUGGCUUUACCGUCCUUGUGACCAGUUACAACACGGAUGUGUAUUGUGACAGCGACGAAUUCACCUGCGACAACGGCCGUUGCAUCAGCUACAGCCUGUACUGUGAUUCCUACGACAACUGCGGCGACAACAGCGACGACUGUUACAUGGAUAGGACUUGGUGGAUCUGGCUGAUCGUUGGCCUCGUUGCCUUCGUCAUACUCCUCGCUAUUAUUAUUACUGUUAUCUGUUGUUGUUGCUGCUGCAGAAAGGGACCUACGCCUGGAACAGUCCUUAAAACUACUACAACAGUCAACUACAACGCAGGAUCCCAGGCUGUCACCACCAAUCCCUGGUACGGAAACACCAACAAUCAAGUCAUGACACAGCCCAUGAACCCGGCUCCACCAAGCUAUACAGCAGCUUCAGGGGUCCCUGCCGGGCACCCACAACCCGCUGCUUACCCACAACCCACCGAAUACCAGCCUGUCGCUUACCCACCCCCAGCCGUCCCCGAGGGCUGGCAACCCCCUCCCCCAAACGCUCCUCCCCCAUACUCACAGAAAGGGGAAAACAAUUAUUGAUUACCCUUAGAGAACAAAGUAUCGUGAGAAUCUAUAGCUUGGUCUGUGCCUUGAACCAUAUCGCUUUCUAUGCAUACAGACCCACGGUGACUUGAAACGUAUUUGCUGCGGUUCCGCAAGCUACAUACAGGCGUCUGGAUAUUAUUUUGAUGAAAAGAUGUAGUUUUAAAACUGAUAAAUGGGCGGGGGCCUGACAUUUUUUCUUAAGUUUAAUGAAACAAUAUAUAUUACUCAAAAUGAAUAUAAAAACGCCCGAUUCUUUGGUAUUGCUAUAGUGAUCGGAAAGAAAAAAUCGGGAGGUCUUUAACAUAUUUUGAGUAGUGUUAUUCAUUCACUGGACAUCCAAAAUGUUCUGAAAGGUAAUGCGUUUUGGGUUCCCAAAAACUGUUUGGCUAAAAUUAUUUUAUGUUUUGAAGCACUGACUGAAACUGGUCUCAAACAGAAAACAUAGCAUAGGCUCUGAGUAUGAGCCUUGGACUGUCAAAUCCUUCGAUUGUUAUCGUUGGACUGUCAUUGUCUCCAACUGUUAUCCAAAACGUGCUUACCCUUUUCGCGAACGUCUGGUGUCACCACUGAUUUUCUUUGGUCCAUUCAUAUACUUUUUACGCUAUUUUGCCCUUUACGCCUAUUGGAAUCUGUCUCCGCAGAUAAUAUUGACUGGUUUUUAUCUUGCAUAGACAAUUUAUAGUUCCUAAUUAUGUUCACAUAAUUAUAUAAUUAUAACUAAAAUUCUGUUGAAAACGGAGUUAAACCCAACUAACUCCCCAUCAGCAGCCAUAGAGCUGAUACAAUAUGACUGGUAUGACUAUUGUGAAAGCAUGAAGAUGAAUUUAUGAUGAAUAAAUUGUAACACGAAGGUACAUGUAACAAUCCGUGUCUAAUGUCUAUAUUAUUUUAAAACAGUUAACCUCCACUGUUUCCGUAUUCUAUUUGUGUAAACCUUGUAUCAACUUAUUGAUAUGAUAACGAAAAAAGCAAUUGAUUUAUCAAAUUGAUGAAUUUUGUUGACAUCCCUAACUUAUUUUUGUAGGCCGAAUCUCUACAACAUGGUUAUUUCGAAAGCUUGAUAAUCUCGAUACUGAUCUGAAUCCCGCUAUUUAGAAGAGUCACUUGGGAGUUUUUACUUGGAAAUAAAGAAUGUUCUUUAAUCAGAACCAUAGGAUAUUAUUCAUGCUGGUACGUACCUGUAAAUACUUGUUGCAAUGGUAUAGCAUUGCACAUGAAAGAGUUACUACUUGUGUGAUGAUUUAAACUUAUUACAUAUAAACGCUGGUCGUUUGAUGAAGAUGUGUUGUGCCUAAUUUGUAUUCCUUUACUAUUUUCACUGUUACCACGUUUGCUAUGAAAACUUUAAUAAAACUAGUUGUUUCAAUGA